AUGCACCGAAUGAAGCGACAUGAAGUUAUUUACGAAGGCCAAGAAAUAACAAAUGUUCAAAGAAUAUCACAAAUAGAAGCAGAGUUAUCUGCUUUUGCAACUGAAAUAUUGAACGAACGCAAAUUGAAAUAUCAAACAGUAAGGGAGUUACUCAAUUUUAUGUGCAACACAUACAACUUGAAAGAAAAGGCUAAUCCAUACACUCUAUAUUUCAAAAAACUUAAACUUUUCUUAAAUAACAUCAAAAUAACAACUGGAAUUACUGAAAAAAGACAACUCAAUUUGAGGCAACAAACUGCACUUCAUGUUAAAUAUUACAGAAACCAUUUAAAAUGGUUGGAAAAACUUCGACAUAUCGAAGACUUAAAAGAAGAUGCUUUUCUCAAGAAGACUGUAAAUAUAAUUAAAAACUUUAUUAAGACACAUGAAAAGAUAUUAAAGUCGUGUGGAUUUACAGAACAAGAAAUGAUGGACAUGAACUUGCGACCAUUUAAAACUAAGUUUAGAAGAGUACCCAAUUUGAGAUCAUUGAAUGAUAAUUAA